AAGUGUUAGCCAGCCACAUUUGAGGUGGAAUUCGCACAUUGUAGUUUGCUUUGAUUUUUAAGUUUCAGUAUUUACCUUUUCACAAUACCGGGCCGGCUUUGGAAGGGGGUUCUGUAACUGCGUUGUUAGAAAAUUCAACUCGCUGUAAAAGUAGACAUUUAGACGCUAACGGUUCCUUCAACUGGUCGACGUAUGCUAGCUGCUAGCUAAGGAGUAAGCUCGAGAGCUACUCUGUUUAAAUUCUGCAUAAACUAUCGGUCAGUGGUUGCUCUCGGUCAUUGUGCAAUAACAUAUUUAGAAUAUGGACUCUGCUGCCAAGCUGAAGCAGACAAAGGACCUGAAACUUCAAAGGCCUGAAAUGAAGUACAACUGUGAUGGACCAAAGCGGGUUCCUGUGUCACAACAGCCACAGGUGGACGUUGUUAAACCAGCUCAGCAUCAGCGUGUCCUAGGUCUUUCAAAUGGACCUCAGCGCCUUCAGCGUCCUGUGAGCCAUCAGAAACCAGUGUCUCAUGUCUCUGUUGCUGUCAAGUCCACAUACAACGCUGAUCAGAAUGUGAACCCAGCUACUCAGAAAGGAAAUCCUGCUACUCAGAAAGGAAAUCCUGCACCACAGCCCAAGCGUCCCUCCCAGCAAAACCAGCCAAAGACAUAUGUGCCCAAGGUGAACCCAGAGUCGGCCAAACCACCAUCAGAAUCCGCGAAGCCAGAGAAACCACAGAACAAACCUGCCGAGAAGGAUUCCUCAAACUCCUCUGCAUCAAGCAAGCGAUGGAGCCUGGAAAAUUUCGAAAUUGGCCGUCCCUUAGGAAAGGGUAAAUUUGGCAAUGUCUACUUGGCCAGAGAGCGGCAGAGCAAGUUCAUCUUGGCCCUCAAGGUGCUCUUCAAGAAGCAGCUGGAGAAGGCCGGGGUGGAGCACCAACUGAGGAGAGAAGUAGAAAUCCAAUCUCACCUCAGACACCCCAAUAUCCUGCGUCUCUAUGGUUACUUCCAUGACCCGUCUCGUGUGUAUCUCAUCCUUGAGUUUGCACCUAAAGGUGAACUGUACGGUGAACUGCAGCGCUGUGGAAGUUUUUCCGAGGACAGAAGUGCCACAUACAUCAUGGAGCUGGCAGAUGCCCUCAACUAUUGCCACUCCAAGAAUGUGAUCCACAGGGAUAUCAAACCAGAGAACCUGUUGCUAGGGGCCAAUGGAGAGCUGAAAAUUGCUGAUUUUGGCUGGUCUGUUCACACACCUUCCUCCAGGAGAUCCACGCUGUGUGGAACACUGGACUACUUGCCUCCGGAGAUGAUUGAGGGGAAAACUCAUGACGAAAAGGUGGACCUGUGGAGUCUGGGCGUCCUUUGCUAUGAGUUCCUAGUUGGAAGGCCCCCCUUUGAAUCAAAAAGUCACGAGGAGACCUACCGCAGGAUAUCGAGGGUGGAGUACACUUACCCUGCACAGGCCAAUAUCAGUGCUGGAGCAAAAGAUUUAGUUGCCAGGCUACUGAAGCACAACCCUAUGCACAGACUGCCCAUCCAGGGAGUCCUGUCCCACCCCUGGGUGGUUGAGUCCUCCACAAAGAAGCCCACAACCCUGAACAAUGAGGAGCCCAGACAAUGAGCCUCUCCACCUCCACCGAGCAUGUUAGGGUGGAGUAAUACAGAAUACCAGCUGUACAAAGGUGUGAAACAUGAACACCUUCAGAAUCUGCUUGUACUGCUAUGUUGACAACAAAAUCCCUUGAUGUCAGUGUUUUUUGUCUGCAGGUCUGCAGGCAUCUUGAGCCACAGGAUUACCUUUUUCUUAUCUUUUAUCUUCUUACCACAUUUCCUUGUCUUACCAGUGGCAUUCUUUUGCCUGUAAAUAUUUCACUGUUUUUGUGUAAUUAUGAAAUUUUAUUGAGUCAAGUUUUUUGAAAUGCCAUUACUUGAAAUAAAAAAUAAAUUAUCUUUCGUGGAAUAUGUCACUUUAGAAAGAGGCUGUAUAUGUGUUCUGUUGGGGAGAAGACUUAUGUUUCUGUGCAUUUCAAGCUCUAAGUACUUGCUUACAAGACUUUGCACUGAUGUCUAUGAGUGAGAUGCUCCCAUUUUCAUCCAAGUACCGUUUAACCUGGCCACUAGAGGGCGCUAGCACACCACUAGAUUGAAUUGGGAGCAUGCUGCAGAUUUUAGUCAGUACUAAUUCUACUGACUGUUAAUAUCUGUUCAGUGCAGUGAA